AAUUGGGAUCACAAGGAGAUGCAUGAAUUCUUGGAAGGUAACAAGGAAAAAUCUGAUGAAGUCUUAGGUCUUUACCGUUCAAUUGAACGUGACACUACUUUGCAAACAAGUAUGGAACAUUAUGACUAUACUCAAGAAGAAGAACGUAUUCUUGUCACUAAAAGAAUUGAAAAGAUGAGUAAAUACAUUGAAACUGAACCAACCAAAAAGUUCUUCAGAAGAUUACAAUUGAUGACUGUUAUUGACCCUUCCUUGGGUAUUAGAAUGUUGGUCAACUUGGGUUUGUUUUUGAACUGUAUCAGAGGUAAUGGUACCGACAAACAAUAUGAAUUCUGGGCCAAACAUAAAGAAGCUGGUAAAGUCAAGCAAAUGUAUGGUUGUUUUGGUAUGACAGAAUUAGGUCAUGGUUCUAAUGUGGCUGGUUGCGAAACUACUGCCACCUUUGACGAAGAAACUGACUCUUUUAUUAUUGACACUCCUCAUAUUGGUGCUACUAAAUGGUGGAUUGGUGGUGCUGCUUAUUCAGCCACCCAUACCGUUUGUUAUGCUAGAUUAAUUGUCAAGGGGGUUGAUUAUGGUGUCAAGACCUUUAUUGUUCCAUUAAGAGACUCUUUACACAACUUAUUACCAGGUAUUGCUAUUGGUGAUAUUGGUGCUAAGAUGGGAAGACAAGGGGUUGACAAUGGUUGGAUUCAAUUCACUGAAGUUAAGGUUCCAAGAUUCUUUAUGUUACAAAGAUGGUGUAAAGUUGAUCGUCGUGGUAAUGUUACUUUGCCACCUUUGGAGCAAUUAUCUUAUAUUUCUCUUUUGGAUGGUAGAGUUGGAAUGGCCACUGAUUCCUAUAGAAUUGGUGCUAGAUUCACUACUAUUGCCUUGAGAUAUGCUGUUGGUAGAAGACAAUUCAAGAGUGAAGGUGCCAAGGAAGAAACCAAGUUAAUUGACUAUCCUUUACAUCAAAGAAGAUUAUUGCCAUUAUUGGCAUUGACUUACGUUGCUGCUGUUGGUACCUACAGGUUAGAACUUCAACAAAGUGACCUUUUGGCUAAUUUAGAUAAAGCUCUUGCUAACAAGGACAAAUUGUUAUUGAAGCAAUCCAUCAGCGGUACCAAAUCAUUAUUUGUGGACUCUGGUUCCUUAAAGUCUACUUUAACUUGGUUAGCUGCUGAUUUGGUCAAUGAAUGUAGACAAGCUUGUGGUGGACAUGGUUAUUCUGCUUACAAUGGAUUUGGUAAGACCAUCAAUGAUUGGGCUGUUCAAUGUACUUGGGAAGGUGACAAUAAUGUUUUAGCUAUGUCUACUGGUAAGACCAUAAUUAAAACUGUACAACAAAUUUUGAGUGGGAAGAAAUUGAAGGAUUCUACGUUAGAAUUCCUUAACGAUGCACCUGCUUUGUACAAGGCUAAGAAGGCUGUUAUUAGAAAGGCUGACCACGUCGAUGAUAUUGAUCGUGUCUUGAAGGCAAUUGCUUCUCUUAUCGUGAAGAUUUCAGUCGAUUUAAUUCCAAUUUCAAACACUUCUUGGGAUUCAAUUGGUCCUCAAAGAGUGAUUUUAUCCAAAUUGAGAUGUCACUACUACAUGUUGGAAACCUUCAAAGAGAAGUUGGAAAACCAAAUUGGUGCCAAUUCUCCACUUAGACCACAGUUGGAAAAUAUCAUGAAAUUGUACUUGGUUUCCAAUAUCUUGAGUCCAUUCAUUGAUGAAUUCUUGAAGAAUGGUGUCAUCUCUCCUGCAGUUGCUAAGUAUCUCACCAUUGAAUAUCCACAAACUUUGUGCAGUGAAGUUAGACCUUAUGUGAUUGGGUUAACUGAUUCCUUCCAACAACCAGAUAAUUUUAUCCAUUCAUUGAUUGGUAAGUAUAAUGGUGAUAUAUACUCAAACUAUUUAGGUGCAAUUAAGGACAUUCAUGACCCAGCCAACCAUAAAGCUCCAUAUUCUGAGGAUUUGGAGGCGAUGUUGGCUAGACCUUCAUUGGUUGCAAGGGAAAGACACGAAAAAACCGCUGAAGUGGGUUCAAUCUUGUCCAAAUAGGUUCUGUUUAUGUUUAAAAUUAUUUAUAUAUAUAUAAUACAAAUUAUGAACAUGAAAAUGAUCUUCUACAAGCAAUUUCUUAUACCCAAAAUGAUGUAAUUUGAACAACUUAGAAUUGUAAAUCCGGCAAUCCAAACAACCCUCUCAAUAAAUGUCUUUUCAUUUAGUGUCCCAUAUGGAACUGAAGUUGUGUUAUUCCCCCAAUUCCAAUAAAUAAUAAUAUCAACAUAUAUACACCAGGCCAACAUGAAUGCCACCGUUAUAGUUACAGAAAUCGUGGCACUUCCUUGCGGAUGACUAUCUAGAAUAAGGAGGUACAAAUAGGGUAUCGCAUGAAGCCUAAUCGCUAACCAAAGACUCCGCUCAUAGCUCUUAACCCCUAAAAGCUUCGCUGACCAGUACCCCAUUGUAACUUGGAAUCCCAAGUUGCUAGCUAGCGGAUAAAUGUAUUUCACGUUCCAAUUAGAACUAGCGUUUUGACUGAGGAUAAUAUAUGUUAUUGUGACCGCAAGCGACAAUAACGUAAGGAAUUCAAAGGCCCCACCGCCUUUCUCUAACUGUGGCCAAGUUGUUGAUUCGUAAAGUGCGCUGAUGCAUAAACACAAGACAAUUAAACUCACAAGUCCCUUCCGAGACAUAUUUCCAAGAGCACCAUGGGAUGGU